CGGCCAUGCCUAUUUUGGAGGAAAAUUGAGGGUGACCAGGGGCGUUGUUUUGCAGCAGUGAUGAUUAGACACCUAGUGGCAUCGUCAAGAGAGAAAAAAAAAACAAGAAAAGCAUUGCACAUCUAUCACGUCGAAGCUAUGGAUUUCGUUUUAUUAUAUGUUUCUCAUCCCUACAUUAGAGGGCCCUGAGGAUGCGGCGCCAAAACCUCGCCUCCCUCCAACCACCAAACCCUCCCCAAGAAUAGCGGGGCACAAUGCAACACCUCCCCCAAAAAUUCACCCUCGCAACAGCUAUAACUCUCAACGUUUCCGUCAAGUUUGCCAACUUUAGGAUAGGCCGAGCAAAUCCGUUUCUUGCCUUGCACAGCUUAGCUCCUCCCAAGUUUUUUUUUUGAUUUGGAUUUGGAUUUGGAUUGGGUGUUGUUCCUGCACAACCGCGAGGAAGAUCAGCAGAGAGAUGAAGCGCGGGAUCACCACCAAGAUCAGCACCAAACGAGGAGAGCACCUCGUCCAAAAUGGCCAACAUCCAUAUGAUGAAUGGGAGGAGCAACAACGAUACUGGCCUUCGCCGCGGGCGCCGCCGGUGAGCCCGACGGAGUCCCCCCGGACCCCGGGCGGGAGCCACAAGAAGGCGGUGCUGGGCAAGGUGAAGAGCAAGGCUAAGAAAUGGAUGCACAUGCUGCGUCACAAGAAGAAACCCGCGCAGGAGGAGAUGAUGUGGACGCCCAGGGCUGGACCCAGCGCGGAGGACAGCAUCAGCACCAGGGCCAAGGAGGAACGGCGAGACGCUGGGUACCGUGGAACCCCCAGGAAGGCGCAGCAUCCACAUUUUUACACCGGUGAUUCGGAGAGGGCGUCUGAGGUGUUCAUGGAAGCAGCACCGAGACAGAAUUCACCAGUCCCGAGCCCUACAGCACACAAGGAACAGCCAUACUUCAAGGUCAGCAGCAGGUUCGAGUCAGAGAUGAAGGAAGCCAACGAGAUGCUGAUGGAAUCAAAGCAGCUCCGCAUCAACACAGCCAAGCCCAAGACUGUGACGUUCGCGGCGACCAUAGAACGCGAGCUGGGGAGUGAAAAGGGUGGCUGGAACGACAGGGAGCUGUCUGAAGCAGCGACCGAAGUAGUGCGAAAUGCACUCGCUACAGUCUAUCAGGUGGUGCUCAAGAUGAUGGCUAAAAUCCAGGACACAAUGGUGGCGUACAACAUUGAUAGAAGGCACAUGCUAGAGAAGCUAGUAGCAGUCAAUAGAUACCUGAUGUUGAAGCUGGAACCUGGGCAAGACGAUAAAAUACUCUCGGAAGUAAUUACUGAUGCUAUCCUCAAUCUGUUUGACGCAUGGAGCGAGUGUGUUGAGCAGCCUUUGGUACAAAGGGCGAAGGACCUCUCUUCUUGGUUUCUGCAUGAAGGAAGAGAAGAAACACCUCCCGUUUCACUACCGACACGUUCAUGUGCGUUCGAAGAUGCAGAAGAAUUUUAUUCCUUAGAGAAUGAACAACAGCUUGAAGCAUGAGAUCAAAGACAUUAUGAAAGUCAGCAGAGUUUGUGUACCUAACAAUACCAGGAAGCUGAACGCAAAGUCAAAGAGCAUGCCCCGAGCUUACUUUGUUCAUAGAAUUGUCAGUCAAAACAUACAAUAGCUGCAAGUGAAACCAAAAGGUGGUAUCCGCAGCUUUGUACCCAGAAGCUUGAGUGAGAGAAUACAAUCAGCAAUCUUGAUGAAGCUCCUCAUCAGUAAAGCUUGGCAUCAUGAUUGUAUGGCAAAUUGUAUUCACAAUGUAUGUAAUUAGGAAUGACAAUGUAUAGCAUAGACGUUGAAAUAGAAAUCCUCAACUGCAGAGCAGCAGUUAUGGGAAGAGGUACAUUAACAUUUCACUGAAUAUGCACUUAAAACUCACAUUCGCUAUCCAAAUGAACUCAGAUACAUCGUAUCAUAGUUAACACAAACGCAAUACAAAAAGGUAGAUUUAGACAAGAAAAAAUGCCUGCUUUCAUUAAGAUCACAAAGCAAAAGGUUGCUUAGUCUUGCUGGAAAUAACUGUUACAUACACAAACCGUCUCAUUUCUUUUAAUACAACA